AUCGCCAUCCCCGCCAGACGCCGUUUGCUGGCCCGAAUCUGAAUUGCGAUCAUUGAUCGAUCGGAUUCCCUCUCGCUCCUCUCGCUCUUUCUGCUCCUUUCCCUUCGACGUCUCUCUCCUCUACAUCGUUUCUUCUACGCUCUCACCACUCUUCUGUUCUUCGAGUCUCCUUGUUCGGCCAUCCCACCAUGGCCGACGCCGCCGGAGACCGCGUCAUGUGUCAUGCUUGCGGCGGCGUCUGGCCGCGCAGCGAGCACGGCCUGAUUUGUCCGCAAUGCCAGUCGGAGUUUACCGAGAUCAUCGAAAUCCCCCCCGACCCCGAUGAGGAACCGCCUCUCGUUUCCGACCGUCCUGACUCCGCAUCUGCAUCCUCCCCCCGAUCCGCUGGCUCGCCGCUCAACCCAUGGGCUGAUCACAACCCCUGGGCUCAUCAAGAUGAUCAUGAUCGCAACGAUGGCGAUCAUCCCUGGGACUCCGGAAAUGGGUUCCGGCAUCGCACCUACCGAUCCCCGGACGGCCGCUUCACUUUCUCCACGACGACCUACACCCAUGGGUUUGGUGGGGGGCAGUCACCGUCUACGCAGGGUAAUCCGAAUCUCGACCCGUUGAUGAUGGUGCAGAAUAUGGACAACAUCUUCCGAGGCUUGACGGGCCCCUACCAGCAACGGAACCGUUCGGCGUCUGUGUCUAGCUCUGGGCAAGCCUCCAGCCAAGCCCGGGGGCAGGGACAACGUUUGGGCACCUUCGAGUUCAACAUUGAUACUGGGAACUCUGCGACGCCUAGCCAGGAUGGUGGCUUGCAUCCGCGGGACGCCGAUGGCCCGCAGCCGAUGAACAAUCCGCUACGGGCCCUGGGCGAUAUCCUUGAGCUACUCCGCCCGGAUUCAGCUGCGAAUACGCAAGCGGGUGGGAACGGAGGUGCACGAAUUGUGACGGGGGUCAACCCUUUGGCAAUGCUGUCGUCGCUGCUGGCCUUCGAUCGUCUCGGUGACGCAGUCUAUUCACAAGAGGAGCUCGACAGGGUCAUUUCCCAGCUGAUUGAUCAGAGCGCCAACCGAGGCGCGCCUCCUCCAGCUCCAGCGAGUGCAAUCCAAUCCCUGCCCAAGAAGAAGGUUGACGAGGAGAUGCUGGGUCAUGAGGGCCGAGCAGAAUGCUCGAUUUGUAUGGAUAAUGUAGAGGUAGGAACUGAAGUGACUGUGCUUCCCUGCAAGCACUGGUUUCAUUAUAGUUGCAUCGAGCUUUGGCUCAAUCAACACAACACUUGUCCCCAUUGCCGACGGGGAAUUGAUUCUCCUCCGUGAGUCAUCCGCCUCGUCUUCUGGGUCAUGGCUCCGCUAACUCUCUGUCUCUAGGACUGAAGGCACCAGCGAUAACCCGGUGGUCGUGGGCGAUAGCCCUGAGCCUGUU